GCGCUCGGCGUGAGGCCAGCGGCCGCUCCGUUCCCUGCUGCUCCCCAGGCCGGGCCCGCAGGGGAGACUGACACUGACCAGGCGGCUCCGUCCCGGCGGCAGCCCCCGCGCCCCGCUCCGCCUCCGAUAAGCAGCUUGUGAGGCCUGCCGGACCCGCUGAAGGGAGCACCUGCGUUUGAGGUUGCAGAGGUGCUAAAGCAUGGCUGACCUGGAUCACAGCCUCAGUCUUGCGGACGCUCUGACAGAGCCGCCCCCCGAGAUUGAGGAAGAAGUGAAAAGGGACUUCAUUGCCACUCUGGAGGCAGAGAAAUUUGAUGAUGUGGUUGGAGAAACGGUAGAUAAAACAGACUAUGUUCCUCUGCUGGAUGAUGAGGAUGAGGAUACAAAAGCUGGGAGCCAGGAAGCAAAGAGCAAAGCCCAUGCAGACGGUAUGCAGGUGGAACAUACUUCAGCUUCUGGGCCAACAGUUGUAGAAAAUGGUGACCAUGGCAUAGAAGAUCACCGCACAGUGUUCCCAGGAGAAAUCAUGGAUGAGAAGCUGUCAUACAAAGAGUUCCUCGACCGCCACGACUCCUGGACGAUGGACGACAGGGACCUGUGCUUCGAGGGCCAGCCUGUCUUCAAACCCAUGGAGAUGACUGACCCCUUCAGCAUGCACAGAGGGGAGAAUCUGCCUGAUUUGUCCUUCCCUACUGACAUGAAGAGCAUGCCCAUGUUCACAGACCGUGUUGAUGCUUCCAGAGACGUCCACGCACCACAUGGACCUAUGGUAGUACCUGAACAACCUUUCCUGGGGCCCCUCUAUUCUCCUGCAGAGGCUUUGGACCCUUCAGCCUUUGUUGGCCUGGAUUCAACUGCAGAAUUUCUGCAGGACAGAGCAGUGCCUGAAGAACAUUGGAUGGGAGCUCAGCAUGACAUGAAGGGACCAGAUGCCUCUUUCUUUGUUGAGCCACCAGUGCCCCCAGCAGUGACUGAAGCAACCAAGCCAAGUUUCCCAGAAAGCCCUGUGGCAGUGGCUCCUGCUUUUGUCCCUCCAGCAGAGACAGUGUCCCCUGGAGAGCCUCCAGCUGCUGAUGGACCAAAAGAUGCAGCCUGUGUCCCUGACUUGGAUGCUGUGUCCAUCUCUGCAGACAGAGCUGGGCCCACCCUUGCAGGGGACACCAAGACUUCUCCAUCUCUGGAUGCUGGAUCUGCACCUGCAGCAGGAACCAGCCCUUUUCAGGCAGUGGAUGCAGGGUUUGCUCCUCCCUCAGAAGCCAAGUCUCCUCACGGUGUCCACGCUGCACCCUCUCCAGUGGCAGAUACUGGUUUCAUCCCAGCAGCAGAUGCUGCAUCUCAUUGUGCUACAGAUUUGGGGUUUGCCCCAGCAGAAGAUGCAGGGUUUGCCCCAGCAGCAGAUGUGGGAUCUCAACACCCUGUGGAUUUGGGAUUUGCCCCAGAAGCAGAUGUGGAAUCUCACCAUGAUAUGGAUUUGGGGUUUGCCCCAGCAGCAGAUGAGGAAUCUCACCAUGACAUGGAUUUGGGGUUUGCCCCAGCAGCAGAUGUGGGAUCUCACCAUGACAUUAAUUUGGGGUUUGCCCCAGCAGAAGAUGUGGGAUCUCACCAUGGAAUGGAUUUGGAGUUUGCCCCAGCAGAAGAUGUGGGAUCUCACCAUGCUGUGGAUUUGGAGUUUGCCCCAGCAGAAAAUGUGGGAUCUCACCAUGCUGUGGAUUUGGGAUUUGCCCCAGCAGCAGAUGUGGGAUCUCACCAUGGAAUGGAUUUGGGAUUUGCCCCAGCAGCAGAUGUGGGAUCUCACCAUGGAAUGGAUUUGGGAUUUGCCCCAGCAGCAGAUACUAAAUCUCACCAUGUUGUGGAUUCUGAGUUGGCCUCUGCAGCAGAAGUCAACCAUCAUCAUGCUCUAGAUUCUGGCUUUCCUCCUGUAGCAGAAGAAAAGCCUUUUCCUGCCAUGGAUUCUGGGUUUGCUCCUGCAGAAGUCAAGUCUCCCUCUGCAGCUGACACCAGGGUGGCUGUAUCUGAAGAGCUGAUGACUUCUGAGUCUUCUCUUGAGCAAAAGAAGUCACCUUUGGAUGAGCCUCCUGCAGAGUCAAUUGCAAAUGUGGAACAAGAGCACAAAGUCCCAGAGGCUUGUCUUGAUCUGCUAGAGAAAGCUAAAGACAGCAAACCACCUCCUAGCCCCCAUGAGGAGCAUCUUCCAGAGCAGACCAACCAUGUCUCAGAAUCAGCAGCUCCAGCAGAAGCAAAAGAAGUUGCUGCACUAGAAAACAAAGGCACCCCUGCAGAAAAACCUGCUCCUGCUGUGGAUGUCCCUGCUGCAGAGCCACAGAAGGAGGAGGCUGGACACAACCACGUGCAACACGCAGAGCCUCAGCAGGAGAGAAGCCCGCAGGAGCCCACAGUAAAACCAGAAGAGACCAAACCAGCUGAAGCUGUGACUGGGAACGACAUCACGGCACCUCCCAACAAAGAGCUUCCUCCCAGCCCUGAGAAGAAGACCAAGCCUGCCACGUCCACAUCCUCCACCAAGCCUGCUGCAGCGAAAGCCAAGCCCCUGGCAGCCACCAGCCCAAAGCGGCCGAGCUCUGCCGCGCCUGCCCCCCACAAAAAACCCACCAGCCCUCCGGCGGGCCCUCCAGCAGCCGCCGCCGCCAAGCGCCCCGCCACCGGCACUGCUCGGCCCUCCACCCUAGCUCCAAAAGAGACUAAACCAAAGGUUGCAGACACGAAGACCACAGAGAAGCGGACCUCACUUUCCAAGCCUUCAUCAUCUCCCAGUCCUCGCCCUGCUGCCAGGAGCUCCUCUGCCGCUCCCCGGACAACGGCGGCAUCGCCGGUCACCGCGGCCGCUGGCACCAAGAGCACCACUGCUUCUCCUCCCAAGAGGCCCACCUCUAUCAAGACUGAUGGGAAGCCCACAGAUGCCAAGAAGACCUCUGCAAAGUCACCAUCAGCAGACCUGAGCCGCCCGAAGAGCGCUACCGGGAACGCAGCCAAAAGCAGUGCCACCACUCCUUCCACCACCUCCUCCAGUGCGCCCCCUUUACCUGCUGUGGCCACCAGCCGUCCCAAACCCAAGCCUGCUGCCACCAAACCCACCACAACCUCAACCUCAACAGCAGCAGAUGCUAAAAAGCCACCUGCUAAGGCUGCAACUAAAGCCAGCACCGUGUCCAAGCCUCGUCCCACCAGCAGCGUUUCUGCUCCAGACCUGAAGAACGUCCGCUCCAAAAUCGGAUCCACAGAUAACAUCAAGCACCAGCCUGGGGGAGGAAAGGGGAAGGUAGAGACAAGGCCUGACUCAGCCACUGCCGCGCGGAGAGCUGAACCCCAGGGGCUCCCCAAAGCGGCCACCACUAAAGAGGGGGCCCCCAAACAGCCCAAUGGGAAAGUCCAGAUAGUCUCCAAAAAAGCGAACUACAGCCAUGUUCAGUCCAAGUGUGGUUCCAAGGACAAUAUUAAGCAUGUCCCUGGAGGUGGGAAUGUGCAGAUCCAGAACAAGAAGGUUGACCUUUCCAAAGUGUCCUCCAAGUGUGGCUCUAAAGCAAACAUCAAGCAUAAGCCAGGGGGAGGAGAUGUCAAAAUUGAGAACCAGAAGCUGAACUUCAAGGAGAAGGCCCAAGCCAAAGUGGGUUCUCUGGACAGUGUGGGACACUCGCCAGCAGCAGGAACUGUCAAGGCCGAGGGGAGCGCGGAGCCCGGGCAGGUGCCGCCGCCCGCCCGCAACGGCGAGGUGCCCGCGCCCGGCGGCGCCCCACAGGAGAACGGCACGGGGGGGCCCCCUGCCCUGGCUGGUGGUGACCAAAGGGAAAUCCAGAGCUUCGAGACUCACAUCCAAGAGACAAGCAUCUAAUGAUGACAUUCUGAUUGACCCUCACCAGCUGAGGUUCCGUGAGAAGACCAAGGCUGGGCCAGACCACGGAGCGGAACUCGGCGUCUCCACCCCCCCACCCCUUCCCAGCAGCACUUCCCAAGGCGUAGCACGUCCGGCAGCGACCGCCCGGCCUCGGCCGCCUCCUCCUCACUGCUGCAGCAGCCAGGCCCCCCUGGCAGCGCUUCCUCAGCAAGGCUUGUGCCCCCCCAGCCCCGGCUGCCGCCUGCUCCCCUCCCAGUAACGCAGCUUGGCUCUGGUAACCCACCGGUUGCUUUGGAUGGGGGGAGACAGUGUUCAGCAGGGCCAGCGUCCCUCCUGCCCGGGCCAGUGUCCCCCCGGCCCCGGUCAGCGUCACUCCCG